UUCACUGUCGCCCGUGUUCCAGGCACAAUCGCCGUUUCCACUGAGAAAAAAAAUUGAUAACCAAUCGUCCGGGGGUGACUACCCAGUGUAACAACCCUCGAGGACACCCUCCGGCCGUCGGCAUCGCCAAUGGCCGCGGCAACAGCCCAUGGGACCCCGUAAACUUCAAAUUCACCGUUAAACAUUCUGGAGUAUUUCUUUUUUGUUUCUCGCCGUCAGGCUGAACGACCCCGGCGAGUUUGCUCCCCAGUUGUUUCGCCUUAUUUACACGAUUACGUCCGAAUUCUCAUGUGCGCAAGUGAAUUUUGUGGUACAAGUGAUCCAGUGGGAAGAGUGAUUGAUUGACUUGUCUGUCUGACCAGCGAAAACAUCAAACAAUUUUGCUCCCUCGAGUCUCGACUAUUUCGGGGUAUCCUCGGUCGUCACAGGGGACUCGCUUCCUGGACAUCGUCUGAUAAUCGAAUCACCCAGAUGCAGAUGAAAAUAAGAGUAAGAUAAUAAAUCGGCAAGGAUAAAACAUCAAGACGCGUCACGCAGGAGUUGUCGGUCUAUGGGGGGCGCCGCCGCAUCAGCGGACGACCCCCUGUUGCAACACGAAUCAUCAAGGUACAAAUUGUUGGACUGGGACAUCACCUGCCUCAUCAACCCCAACGAUACUCGGCAUCAAACAGAUGAAGAGCCCCUCUGGUAUCAUGAGGCAAUCCAGCCUCACAAAGCUCGGCUCCAUGAUUAAUACUGCUGUCAACAAGAGGGCUGGCAAUGGUGACAUACAGUGGUGUUUCUCGCAGGUGAAGGGAACCCUCGAGGACGACGUCACCGAUGCUGAUAUAAUCUCUUGUGUUGAGUUUAACCACGAUGGCGAUCUACUUGCUACCGGGGACAAAGGCGGUAGAGUCGUUAUUUUUCAACGUGAUCCGAUUAGUAAAAAUAGUAUACCCCGAAGAGGUGAAUACAACGUGUACAGUACAUUUCAGAGCCACGAGCCAGAAUUUGAUUACCUGAAGUCCCUCGAGAUUGAGGAGAAAAUAAAUAAAAUAAGAUGGUUGAAGAGAAAAAAUCCAGCCCACUUUUUACUGUCAACGAAUGACAAAACAAUUAAACUGUGGAAGGUCAGUGAACGAGACAAGAAGGUUGAGGGUUACAACACGAAGGAGGAGAGUGGGGUGAUGCGUGAUCCUGCUUGUAUCACUGCCUUGAGGGUUCCCACGAUUAAGCCAACGGAGUUGACGGUCGAGGCGUCACCGAGGAGAAUAUUUGCCAAUGCACACACAUACCAUAUUAACAGUAUAAGUGUCAAUAGCGACCAGGAGACAUACCUCAGUGCCGAUGAUCUUAGAAUUAAUCUCUGGCACCUCGAGAUCACUGAUCAGAGUUUUAAUAUUGUAGACAUUAAACCAACCAAUAUGGAGGAACUAACGGAGGUAAUAACGGCAGCAGAAUUUCACCCAGUCGAAUGUAAUUUACUCGUGUACAGCAGCAGUAAAGGUACGAUAAGAUUGUGCGACAUGAGAUCAGCUGCACUAUGCGAUCGUCAUAGUAAACUAUUUGAGGAGCCCGAGGAUCCGACAAAUAGGAGCUUCUUCUCGGAAAUUAUUUCUAGUAUAAGUGACGUCAAGUUAAGCAAUUCCGGCCGUUAUAUGAUCAGCAGAGACUACCUCAGUGUCAAAGUGUGGGAUUUACACAUGGAGACUAAACCAAUCGAGUGUUAUCCUGUUCACGAGUAUUUGAGAUCAAAAUUGUGCUCGUUGUACGAGAACGACUGUAUUUUCGAUAAAUUCGAGUGCUGCUGGAGCGGCAAUGACUCUGCGAUAAUGACUGGCUCGUACAACAAUUUCUUCCGUGUAUUUGAUCGUGCGACGAAACGUGAUUUAACACUCGAAGCAGCACGCGACAUUGCCAAGCCAAAAACACUUCUGAAACCACGUAAAGUAUGUACAGGUGGUAAACGUAAGAAAGACGAAAUAAGUGUCGACUGCCUGGACUUUAACAAAAAGAUACUCCAUACUGCAUGGCAUCCCUCGGAAAAUGUUGUUGCUGUUGCGGCGACGAACAACUUAUUCCUGUUUCAGGACAAACUCUAGCACAUUUGCGUACAGAUUAUUCAACGCUAUAUCCUGACGUGAAUGUGUCGUACAGAGUUGGAAAUUUUGAAACAAACCGAAAAAAAAAACACGAAAAAUGAAAAAAAAAAAAAAUUAAAAAUCCGCCGGUCAAGCACUUUGAGUAUUCCCGGCUUAUUUUCUUUGCGGAUGGAUGAGUGUCAAUCUCAGAUUGUCUGACACGAGAGGAAAACCCCCCGAUUUAACGAGAAAGAGAGCUGAUUAACAUUAAUGAAUACUCGCGCACAUGCUGCACACGUGCAUAAAAGACAUUGCCCUAGGGUCUACCGAGACAAAUAGCUGAUAAAGGAAUACGUAAAUUCAUACUGAGAAUCAAAAAAUUAAUUAGAGAGCACAAUUAUUGUUUUUUCAUUUGUACUCUUGUGUGCGUGCACGAGUGUCCGGAGUUAUGAUGCCCGGCGUCUCAGUAAUGAUCUGUCAGUUUCCUCCGUGCAUCCGUAGAAUGAGAAAAAUGGUAAAAAAAAAUUAAUUAUUAAAGUGGAAAAACACUCAGUAAGAAGAAACAAUGGGCCGUGGACGCUGUGUGUCCGUAAGCCACGAUAGCAAAUUAAUUUAAUCCUCAUCAAGCGUCUCAUCCCCUAGUUUUUACAAUUUUAUUUUUCUUUUUUUUUUUGGUCAUGAUCACACUUCAUGUACACCACACCGGGCAUCAUCUAUUAACUUCGUCGUUGAUUUAGGGGACAGUGGGGCGAAAUGGGAGCUUGACAUCUUUUGAAAUGUCAAUAAUUUUUUUCCCCUCGUGGAAAGGACAAUUGUUUCUCUUUGUGAUGAGCCCCGACUGACUUAAAUUGAUACAUUUGUUCCUGAAUUAUAAGCAUUGUUGAAAGUUAAGAGUGCCCAUUUUACCCCACUCUUCUCUGUUAUCUUCAAAUGGUAGCAAUGAAAUUGUGAAAACUUUUUUUUACGAACAAAUGUGGAAAUUUAUUUAUCUCAUCGAUAUCAAUUUGUUUCUAUGUAGGGCCUACAUCAGCACACAUUUUUAUUUUUAUAAUAAAAGAGUGAAUAUGAGAGUAAUAAUGUAUGGUUUAAUCACGAUGAACGGUUUGGCCGUGUGUGGUGUUCGCCUGUCCAUUUACAUUUCAUUCAUUGUAAGAGAUUUUUUUCCUUCUUUUCGUGAGCGAUAAUUGAAAAUUUUUGAAAUGAGAUCGUGGUGAAUAGCGCAAUGCGUGAAUUAUAAUGAAUUGUAUAAAAUAAUGAAGAAAAAAAUCUGUUUUUAAUGGUA